CUGAAUGUUGUUACAUAAGAACAUAAUUUUUCAAACAAUUCCACUAACGUUGUACGGUCCGGACUGUAUCAUUCAUAUACGUGCAGUGUGUGUGUCGUGUGCUUGAAUUCAAUUUUUAUUGCGUGAAAUUACUUUUUAAUGUUUUGUAUUGAUCAUCCGACCCAAUAACCGAAUUACAAUUCCAUUGACAUAAGCACAACACCGUCAACCGUUCGCCGUUGUGAAAAGAAGAAUCCGCUGUGUACCGAAUAAAUUGCAAAAAAAUUCCCUGGCAGUCGUUAGCAGUGCAGUACACACACAAUGUUUCUUGCAAGUCGAUACGCUUUAUCACCCGCUACUAGUCUUCUCCGGGCCGCUGAACGAUCAAUUAGUACUGUGGUGCCGGAUCUAAAUCUGCCCGAUUUAACGUUAGUCAACGAACCAGUCCUCGGCUAUGCAAAAGGUUCGAAAGAACGAGCUGAACUCGAGGCUGCACUAAAGAAAACGGCCGACAAAUGCGAAGACAUUCCGAUUGUCAUUGGUGACGAGGAGAUUCGCACCAACGAUGUCAGGUGUCAGGUGAUGCCACACGAUCAUGCCAAAAAUGUGGCCGCAUUUUACUACGCCGACAAGAAACUGAUCCAGAAAGCCAUCAAUACGGCCGUGGACGCCCAAAAGAAAUGGGAUCGCACAACGCUGGAGGAACGGUUGCGCAUCUGGAAUCGAGCUGCAGAUUUGAUGGCCGGUCAGUAUCGACAGACAUUGAAUGCGGCCACCAUGUUGGGCCAAUCGAAGACUGUGAUACAGGCGGAAAUUGACUCGGCUGCCGAGCUGAUCGAUUUUAUUCGAAUGAACGCGUACUACCUGAAGGAGAAUGCCAAGUACAAGCCGAUUAGCGAACAGAUCAAGGUGACCAAGAAUUCGAUGCGAUACCGUGGCAUUGAUGGAUUCAUUGCCGCAGUCAGUCCAUUCAAUUUUACCGCAAUCGGUGGCAAUUUGGCCUACACUCCGGCACUGAUGGGCAACGCCGUUUUGUGGAAACCUUCCGACACAGCAAUGCUUUCCAAUUGGAUCAUUUUCAAGGUGAUGAGAGAGGCUGGUGUUCCGCCAGGUGUUGUCAAUUUCGUUCCUGCUGACGGUCCCGUAUUCGGUGACACAAUUGUGCAGUCGCCCCAUUUGGCAGGCAUCAAUUUCACCGGCUCUGUUCCAACUUUCAAUCGACUGUGGCGUCAGGUUGGCGAGAACAUCUCGUCGUACAAAAACUUCCCUCGACUCAUCGGCGAAUGCGGUGGCAAGAACUAUCACUUUGUGCAUCCAUCGGCCGAUGUACAGAGCGUUGCAACCGGCACGAUCCGAGCAGCAUUCGAAUUUUGCGGUCAAAAGUGUUCCGCUUGUUCGCGAGCCUACAUUCCCGAAUCUAUGUGGCCGAAAUUGAAGCCCGAACUGUUGCGUCUACGCGACUCGCUGAAAAUUGGCGACGUAACCGACUUCUCGACAUUCACAUCGGCCGUCAUCGACGACAAGGCAUUCAAACGCAUCAAAUCGUACAUCGACCAUGCCAAGAGCUCGAAAUCUCUGGAAAUUAUCGGAGGCGGAAAAUGCGACGACAGCAAGGGAUAUUUCAUUGAGCCGACCAUUGUGGUGACCACCGAUCCGACCGACAAAAUUAUGACCGAAGAGAUAUUCGGUCCCGUAUUGGCUGUGUAUGUGUACAAGGAUGCCGAUGUGAAGAAAACCAUGGAAUUGGUCGGAAGCAGCACGGCAUUUGCACUGACCGGAGCUGUGUUCGCACAGGAUCAAAAGUUCCUCGAGUAUGCGCUGGAGGAAUUCCGAAUGACUGCCGGCAAUUUCUACGUGAAUGACAAGUCGACUGGUUCGGUGGUGGGACAACAACCAUUUGGCGGAGGUCGUAUGUCUGGUACAAACGACAAGGCUGGCGGACCACACUACUGUUUGCGAUGGUCGUCUCCGCAGUCCAUUAAGGAGACGUUCGUGCCCUUACGUGAUGUUGCUUACCCAUAUAUGGGUAACUAAGGACGAGUCGACGAAAGACAAUUCAUUUUCCUUUCUGUGCUACUGAGCCAAUGCAAUUGGCUAGCAAAUGGCAAUUCAUCCGUUGCUUUUACGUUGUAUCGAUAGACAUUAAUUUUAACUGCUUAUGUGAGCACAGCUGCACAGGUUGCAAGUAUUUUUUUGUUGUUGUUGUAAUUCAGGUAAUUUUAAGAAUUUUUAUUUUCUCUGAUGUCGUUUGCUGUGUUCGGGAGUAUAUUCUACGGCGGCGAACGAUUUCUCCACUCAGUUUUACUGUUAGCAUCGUUCGACGAGCGAGACAUCCGAAUCUCUUGUUUCAUGAACAAAUUACAAAGAAAAUGCUCGACGACGAAUAGAAUCUCAUUGCAUCCAACCAACCUAUCUACCUAACCUACCUAUACUUAAUCACUUAGAGAGCCAACUGUGGCAUUUUAUGUUAGCCAACGGAUCCAUCCAAGAACGGAAAGUAUUUCCCCUUUUGAUUUUAGUUUUACUUUUGAAAUUUGUUCCUUUUUGCGCGGUUUGAUUGAAAAUCAACUGCACCGACAGAGACGGGUCGUAAGAUUUUUAUUUUAUUUUUUAGUUUUUAUUCUUUGUUGUUUAUGCAUUUAAAGCGAAAAAUUUUAUUAAUUUGAUGGAAGUGAAGUGGAAGUAGCAACACCGCGCGACGAUUAUUUUAUAUUUUAAGGAAGUGAAUCUCACUUAUAUGUAAUGAGACAGCGGGUCUCAAGGAUGAAAUAUCAAUUGAUGAAACAAAUAUAUCUCUGACGUUGAAGACAAAAGACAAGACAAUAUUUAUGUGAACCAGACGAGAGUCGAUGAUCUAACCAAAAUGGAAAUUUGAAACAAUUUUCAUGUCAUCCUAAACUUAAACUUAAACUUAACAAUAAAACAAAACAAAAAACGGUGUGUUGACGUGGACAUUAAUAGUAAUGUUGUUGUUGUUGCGUUGCUGUUAUUGGAAUAAGAAA